GUAAUGGCUGACGUAGUGCUGGAUCACAGAGAAGUAUGUGAAGAAUCGGUAAAUCCAAGUACUGAUAAACCUGACUGGGCUGGUCCAUCUAACAGCCAGACUUCCUCUAGUCUGUCAGGUCCAUCCUCUUCCAAUCCUGGGUCGGAUGCAGCAAAAACCAGCAGCACCUCUGAAGGAAAGACCUCUAACUAUUUUGCUGCCUUGGAUGCAAACGUGGAGGCACUGCAGAAACGUGCUCAAAGCCUAAUUGAUAAAAUCAACGAAGGGCGCAUCAAGGACCAAACAUUGAUGAAAAACUUUAACACAAACCUCAACAUCAAGGUGGCGGAACUGUCUCAGUGUCUUGAAGAAAGAAUGUACCAGAUGUAUGAACAGAACAACACACAACUACAGGUCAGGCUGCAGGAGCUUUCCAAUAUCAUGGACAGGAUAGGCCAGCUGCAGGCUGAGCUCAAGCAAGUCUGCCAGACGGUGGCUACUGUCUACAAAGACCUGGGCCUCCAGCACGACAGCUAA